AUGGCCACCGCAUUCGAACCAUCAUUCUCCGCCAGCGGUAACCGGCAAACCAUGGCACCAGUCGGGCCAUCCGUCGCGGACACCCUACCCAGCAUCAACUUUGGCUUCGACGACUUACGCGACCGCAUGGCCAAAUUCACCGCUAAAUUCGACGCCUUCAUCGAGCAAGGAAGAAAGCGCGUACUAGAAGAGCGGAACCAAUUUCGCAUGAAUGUCGCAGAACUCCACGAGGACCAGCGCAUGAAGAAAAAAGACAUUGAAAUAGUCCAAGUCAAAACAACAACCUACCAGCAGACCCUCGAAAAAGAGGACGCCGAAACGCGCGAAAUGGAAGCCGCCAUAUCAUCGCUCUCAGCACAACGCGACGGCCACCUCGCCACGCGAGAGGGCCUCAAGCAGCAAAUCGCCCAGACGCAAGUCGAGAUAGAAGCCCGACUUGCGGCACAGCGCGCGCACACGGCGCAACAAGAAGCGCAGCAGAGGUUCAACGUGCCGGAGCUGGACUUUUGGAUCACGAAUCUGUGCUUGAGGAUUGAGGGGGCGGGGCAGGACGACCGGCUGAAGUUUGUGUAUACGCAUGUUGACGAGAAGAAUUGGGAGAGGGAGGCUUGGUUUGAGUUGUCGACGAGAUCGAGGGAUUAUGAUGUGAAGCACUGUCGGCCGAAGCUGGAGAGGGAGGGCGUGGAGAGGGUGUUGGAGCGGGUGAAUGAGAGUAGGGAGCUGGUGGUUUUGUUGAAGGGGAUGAGGGAGUUGUUUGUGGAGGCUAUGAAGUCGUAG